CGGAAAUGUGCUUCCACAGGGGUCCUGUAAACAACAAUAGAAAUGCCACGGAUGGAACCGGGGCGGCAGCGUGAGAACCCCCCCGGAUCCGGGGAGCCCGAGACAGGGGAGUGGAGAGAGGAGACCACCGGGGUGGAGGCUGGAGAGAGGGACGCCACCCUGAAAAACAGAAGUGGGGAUGGAGGGAACGAAGAGAUAAAGAGCAAACCCGAUAAUAGUGAGAUGGUGGAGAAAGAUAAGGCUGAGUAUGAUGAAGAAGUGGAGCGAUAUGAGGAAGAAUUGGACCCUAGGAUUCAGGAGGAGCUGGAGCACUUGAAUCAGGCCAGCGAUGAGAUCAACAGACUGGAACUACAGCUGGAUGAGGCGAGAUCCAGCUACAGGAGGAUUCUUACAGACUCCGCACGCAAACUCAAUGCUCAGGGUUCUCAACUGGGGGCCUGCAUCGAGAAAGCCAGGCCCUACUACGAAGCCCGAAGACUUGCCAAAGAGGCUCAACAGGAGACCCAGAAGGCAGCACUGAGGUACGAGAGAGCUGUCUCAAUGCACACAGCUGCCAGAGAAAUGGUUUAUGUAGCUGAGCAAGGUUUAUUGGCUGACAGGAAUACAUUGGACCCUACCUGGCAGGAAAUGCUAAACCACGCCACAGCCAAGGUGAAUGAGGCAGAAGAGGAGCGUUUGAGAAGUGAGAGAGAGCAUCAGCGUGUCACUCAGCUCUGUCAGGAAGCAGAAGCUCGUGUUCAGACCCUGCAGAAAGCUCUCAAGAGGGUCAUUAUCAAGUCCAAGCCUUACUUUGAGCUCAAGGCUCAGUUCAACCAUAUCUUAGAGGAGCACAAGUCUAAAGUCGUCCAACUGGAGGAACGUGUGGCAAAAGUGAAGACCCGUUACUCAGUCGCCCUGCGCAACCUUGAGCAGAUCAGUGAGCAGAUCCAUGCACAAAGGGGGCGUGUCCGUGCUGUCAGAGAACGCAACAGAGCCCGUGGCGGGCGAAGCUCUCCGGUGGGGGCAGAAUCUGAAGGUGUAAUCCAAGCUGGGGCGUAUGGGGGUGUGAUUCCCAAUCCUUUAAUGGAUAAUGACUGGGCGGAUCAGGAGAAGACCAGGCAGUGGGUGGAGAAACACAGGGAGGCGGGGUGGGGCCAGAGAGAGAGGGUAGAUAAGGCGGGCUCAGACUCCAUGUCAGUCAUUAGCCUGCAAACCAUUGCCUCCGACCUGGAGAAGUUUGAUUCGGUGGAGCACCUGGGUGACCUGAGUGACGUUGGGAGUAUAAUAGAGGAGAAAGAGGUGGAGAGUGAGAGAGGAUUUAGGGCAGAAGACAGAAUAGUAGCAAGAGAAGUGGCAAACCUCUCGAGACAGGAUAGAGGGGAUGCAGAGAAGGGUGCCACAGGGACUGACAGACAGCAAAGAGACAAAGAAAGGGAGAGUUUUGUGAAGCAGCACCACAGAAGUGUUAGUUUGUGAUAAAACAAGAAGUUGCCUGUUUCUCCACCCCAAACCUGGAGUGCUAAACUUUGCCUGCAGGCUUUCAGGCAAACUUCUCAACUGAUUACAGAUCAUGAAUAAGAUCUGAAACACUUUGUAGAACUUUUACGUAAAGAUGAAUUGUAUAAUUUCUGCACCACUGUGCCAUCAAAUAGAAUAGAGUGCAACAGCUGUCUUGGUUCCAGAAGUAAUUUUCUCCAUAGGGAUUUCCUUAAAUUCUUCAUUAAAAAGUUCUGAGCCAUGAACCAAACCAACUACAGGUAGCUCUGAGGUGAAUCACAACAUUACAAACUUUGAUUUGAAGCAAGAGGAAUUUGAAAAUCGGUGUACGGUGUAAAAGACUGUUAACUUAUCGUCUUUCAUAGGGGAAUGAACUACAGUCCCAUGAAGCAUUGCAAAUGAUGGAAUCUAAUUAAAAAGUAUGGAAAAAUAUACUGUUGAUUUAAAGUUGUUGAUUAUAAGUAUAGAAGCAAUAUAUUUUAAGUUUAUUGUGUAUAUUUAGAUAUAUACAAAAACAAAAGUAGUUUGUUACUAUGUCAUUCACAGUGCGUCAUAGAAGUGGUUGGUCGCUGCAGAGUUCAUUUGGUGCCAUUUUGUUUGCUGUGAUUCUCUGAUUGGUGGAUAUUUCUUUAGGAUUAUGGGUAGUGUAGUUCAUCAGGAUUUUUUCAGAAAUUCCGCUGUUAAACACAGUUUGUUUUCAAAGUUGGAAUAAUGCGGACUGAUGGCUUCGACAGAAGCAUUUACCAUUGGUCAACAACCUUGAAGCUCAUGGUAGGUCUGUCUUCAAAGGUUUAUUGUUAAACAUCAAUUCAACUGAAGUCUGUACUUGCACACACCACAAGCAAAGCUGUUGAAACCUAUGAGAGAUGUCUGAAGAGAUGGAGCCAUCACCUGCUAAGAAAAGUAGAAGUGGAGAAAAGAAAAAAGAUAAUGAAGAAAGCAGGUUUGCUGUGAAAGAUAUUUCAUUUACAGUUAUGCAUUUGGCAGACACUUUUAUCCAAAGGGGCUUACAGUGCACUUAUUACAGGGACAAUGCCCCCGGAGCAACCUGGAGUUAAGUGCCUUGCUCAAGGACACAAUGGUGGUGGCUGUGGGGAUCAAACCGGCAACCUUCUGCUUACCAGUUCUGCGUUUUAGCCCACUACGCCACCACAACUCCAAGAUAUCCUUGGUCCACUGGACUGAACCAAACAGCUGAAGUAGACCUAGCUUGUUUUAAGCCAGAUAUCUUUUGCUUCACUUUGUAAAGUGGGUAGGCACCUUAGUGAAGGAGCCUAUGGACAUGUGUGUGAUGACCAAUGGAAAUCCUAUGGGCAAAAGGUUGCCAUAAAAUUGACUUCCAGGACGCUGUAAGAUGUUGGUCAUCAUAUGUGCCAGGGUAUACUUUAAAGCUCGAGGUAAUAGACUUGGGCAAAGGUUGUCUUAUUGAUAUUUCUGGCCAUAAAGUGACAAAGAGCGAACCAGAAUGAAAAGAAACCCUAUAGGCUAUAGGCCUGUGGAGCGACAGUUAAAGAGCUGGGAUUUCUGCUGUAUUAAAUGGUGCAAGGACAUCCAUCCCAGGCCACCAUAUCAGAAGAAUUGUCAGAUUCUUGAACUUGUCCCCACUGUGCCCAUGCUGACUGGGCUAAGACAUCCAUCUAGCCCAUGUUUACAUAAAAGAAACAAUGGAAAAAGAGUGCAGACGAACACAAAAACAUGUUAGGUGUGAACGACCCAUUACAUGUUAGAAAAAACUAUUCGUUUAUGGAGAAAGUUUAAGGGAUUUUUUACUUCUGGAACCUCACUAUUGUGCCCUGUUGCAAAGAUUUCCAAACAGGUUUCCUUAAUACUCCACCUAUCUGCCAUUGGUGAAACAAACAGAUAGUCCCAUCCAAAACUAAUGCCAUUGAUUGAGCCAGUGUUGUUUUGUUGUGCUUGUCAUGGCAUUAUUGUAACGCUGAACUAUAGCAGAGGGGUUCAGAUGUUCUUGUGAAAUUAAUGAAUAACAAUGAGGCAGUACAAACAGGCAGGGGGGUGGUAUUCAGCCAGUCCGUUGGGACUUGUAGUUCUCACGCUCUGAUGCUGUCUUUUCUCUUUUAUUGUUUCACUAUCAGCUCUAUCAGGGUAGAAAAGAAAGAAAAGAGAAAAUACAAUGAGAGCAGGAAGAGCAAAUGAAAACAUAUUGAACUCAUUGAAGAUAAAACUCAAAGGUUGUAAGAACAGUAUCAGGUGCAUUGGCCAUUUCCUCUGUGCUGUACUUCCAAGCCCUGCUUAUGUAUGUGAAUUCAGGGGUGUCGUUGCCUCCCUUUGUACAAGUGUAUCUAACUGACAUUCUUUUCUCAUAGAAUUCAUUAUAUUGUGCUUGUUUCCCAUCUCCAGAUCUUUUUCAGCAAAUGUAGGUAUCUGGUAUAUUUUUGUUUGGCUGUAGAUUGGUAUCUCUCUGCUCAUUAUGUGCAGUGUAUACCAGAUGACAUCAUGUUUAAAGUCAACAUGAAAUCAAAAUGGGCCCCAUUUACUUUAUUAAUGCAUGUUGCUGGUCUUAUCAGUGCAUGUUCAAAAGGGAAAAAAGUCAUCAAAAUGUAACCGCUCAGAGCGAACUCUAAUGUCACCACCAUACUCUCUUAUUUUUCAACCCCUCACAUCCAACCACCUGGUUUCUUUCUGGAAUAUAAUAUCCGUUGGAUAAAAUCAAGUACUGUCCUACAUUUUUUCUUGACGAAUAUCCUGUUUCACAUUAAGGAAGUAAAAGGGGUUUCAAAUGCCAUUUCAUGUUGACAUUAAGUUAAUUAAUUUUUGACAUUUAUGAUAUUCUUUAGAUUUAGAGUACUUUUUUUUUAUUUUUUAUAUAUCUGUUUGAGAGAGAACUUGAUUUUAGAUCAGUCCUGUUACAUUUUCAGGUUAAGUCCUUUCACUGAUAAAUGGUACGUUUACAAAAGUGUAAAUCCUGCUAGAUAAAAAAAAAAACAACCAUGGAGAGACUAAAUGAUGUGUGCUUAAAAACUUGGUUUUGCAGAUGUACUUUGAAAAAUCAUGUAAUAUGCUAGCUGUAUGAACAAACCGUGCUGUGGACAGUACAGUAUUGUUUGCAAGUUUACAUCCUAUUUUUUUUUGUUUUUUUUUUUGUAGAUUUUUUUUGUCCACAAACCUUGAAAAUGUAUUCUCCCCCAUCAUACCCUGUACAAAUACCUCACCUCAAAAUGUCCUCAUAGUAAAUAGAAGAUGCUCUAUAGAGAUAUUUCAGUAUGCUGCAGUCUCCUCUCCAUCCAAUAGGUCACAUGAAUUUUGUGUAUAUAUAAGAUGAUGUAUGAUGAAUACAAAUAAUCCUAACGUGACUGAUAAUUUAUUCUGUAAAUGUUAAUUUAUUGCACAGUUAGCUAUAUUAAAAUUUGAAUUUAACAACUACACUUUUCAUUGUUUCACUUGUUGUUUUGGGUAUCAUAAAUGAGAGCAGUUAUCACAACCUAAAGAGAUUUUACUUGAUGUAACUAGAUUUGUUAACUUUAUUUUACAAUGUCCAUGUUGUACAUAUUACUUGUUACUAUAGUAAUGGUAAUAUGUAAGUACUAGCGGUUCUCUGUUUAUUAGGAUUACUUCUUAAUUAUUUAUCUAAUAGUGAAUACACUAUAUCUUGAACACUGUAAAAUAUAGUAUGGCCAUAGAUUUUGAAAGAAAAUAGGAGUGGUGCUUGUCUGUGAAAAACUGUGGCUGUGGCUGUGCCUGUUUUGGGCAGGGCAUUGCUAUGUGGUUGCUAGGGUGUUGCUUUCUGGCCCAAGACAAAAGAACCCACCCCCUAGUCUCUAUGGCAGGGGUCGGCAACCUUGUUGACAUGGAUUGCCAUUUUUUAUUUUCCUGGUCAAUGGCUGUGCCGUUUUAUGUAAUUUUGAGUGUGACUAUGGUUUAAGGAGGGUGGAC